GUAGUCUGGUUUUCUCAACUAUGUAGCUUCCGCUGUAGAUUGCUGGAGAAUUCAAUUGAUUGUAUUUUGUGGGUUGUGCUUAGAUUUCCUAAAAACAAAGAAAGGCGAUGAUUGCCUGAACGCUUGCAUUUCAGACACUCUUACUUAAUCUGCGGUGAUUGUCGCGGUGGGAGUGUACGGCACAGCUCUUUGGGUGAUGCAACUCCUUUGGCUAGAGCUGUAAAAAGCUUGAUUUUUGAUGCUGCUGGAUCUUGCUUCUAUGAAGACACUUGGUUUUACAGAUAUUUAUGGCAAGCACAUACACCUGGUGCCUAUUUUUCCCUUUUUACUAUGUGCUAACUGUUCAGCGCACUGCAUGGUAUUUGUUCCAGUUUACCGCUGUAUUGAUCAACAUUUUUGCUGGAAAAAAAUACCACUCACUAAAUUCUCAUUAGCAUUUACCACCAGUUAACACUCUGUAUUUUGCUAUGCAUUAGGACAGUUUACCACAUGGUAAAUUGCAGCCUGCUUUCUGGCUGGGGAAUAGUGUAUAAAGGCCCAGCAUUCUACUGUGUUCUUUGUCCAUCAGGAUACUGCAAUCCCUGCAAUCCCUGUGUGCUGGAGCUCCAGAGUCUUUAUGAACAGUGGCUGAGCAGGCAUCCAUCUCUGCUGGUUCUCAGAAGGCACGACUGCGCCUUAUGAAGUUCUCCGCACAAGAGCUGGAGAUACUGGUCACUGAGGUGGUCAAUAAUUAUGAUGUCUUGUUGGGACCCCUCUCCAAGCAGGCCGUCUGGGAGGCUAUGUUGAGCCGCAUUAAUGCCCUGGGGGUCUGCCAGCGCACUGUGGAGAUCCUCAAAAAACGCUGGGCAGACUUUAAAAGGAAAACCAAGGAGAAGCUGACAAAACAUGGUGCCUCAAAGGAGCAGCUCAGCCCCCUGGAGAGCCUGGUGGAGAGCACCCUGCAGCCAGAGCAUCUCCAGGACACCUCCAGGAUCCAGAAUGGGCCUGUCCUGGAAGACCCCAUUGCCCUUGCCAGAGUGAGGGUGGAGUCUGCCCACACUGCACAGGAAGCACUUGAUAUUAAAGAGGAGGCCUCAGAGAUUGAAGAGUUCCAAGUGAACAACACUGAGCACGGCUCUGACCAGGACCAAGGCUCCUUUGAGUUCCAGUUCGUCCACAUUAAAACUGAAGAGCCUGACAUCAAAGUGGAGGACUCAUUGACCAUGGAUCCUGUGCAGCAGUCUCAACCCUGUCCGUACUGCCAGUACACCUUCACAACGGCACAUUACCUGGAGAAGUACUUGCAGAGGAGACACACAAGGAGUACAUGGAGAUCGUGGGAGUGCAGUCAUCCAGCCACAUAAAUCCACUGUUAAACCACGGAUAGCAGCCAGCUUUCUGCUCGAAGAAUCAUCCUGACGUCUCCUGUGACAAGCCUGAUGGUGAUCAACCCCGGCCUUCCUCCUCACAUACUCUAAUCUCCAGCAUUUCCA